AUGCCACCAUACAGCCAUGCCAUGCCAUCAUGCCACCAUACAGCCAUGCCAUGCCAUCAUGCCACCAUACAGCCAUGCCAUCAUUGCCAUCAUGCCACCAUACAGCCAUGCCAUGCCAUCAUGCCACCAUACAGCCAUGCCAUCAUUGCCAUCAUGCCACCAUACAGCGAUGCCAUGCCAUCAUGCCACCAUACAGCCAUGCCAUGCCAUCAUGCCACCAUACAGCCAUGCCAUGCCAUCAUGCCACCAUACAGCCAUGCCAUCAUUGCCAUCAUGCCACCAUACAGCCAUGCCAUGCCAUCAUGCCACCAUACAGCCAUGCCAUCAUGCCACCAUACAGCCAUGCCAUCAUGCCACCAUACAGCCAUGCCAUCAUGCCACCAUACAGCCAUGCCAUCAUGCCACCAUACAGCCAUGCCAUCAUUCCAUCAUGCCGCCAUACAGCCAUGCCGUCAUGCUUUCAUGUAG